AUGAAGCCUCUCUUGCUGCUACUGAGCGUCGCUGCUCUUAUCAGCUCUUCAUCUUAUCUCCCUGUUUCCAUUGCUGGAAGACCGCCGCUGGUGCAUGAAACAGAUAACUUUCACUAUUAUGCUGUCAAAAUACAUGAUCCAACCUUGGCCAGCCCAGAAGAGAUUGCUCAUCACCUCGGAGUUCAGUAUGUAGGCCAGGUUGGAGAACUGGCUAACUAUCAUCUCUUCAGCUACCCUAAAUCCUCUUUACCUGUCAAAAAACGAGCGGACGAAAAUGACAUUACAACUACAAAUGAAGAUCAAAAUCAGGAAGACAUCGUGGUCAGGCGUUAUAAUGAUCUUCGGCAAUCUAGAGCAUUUCAUCAUGAAUUGAUGAUGAGAAAAAAGCGUAGCAUUGUUGGCAGGCUAUCAUCAUCACCACUGGGACCAAUUCAGAAGCAGGAGCUGAGGCAACGAAUAAAGCGAGCUAUGGUCAUCGAACCCAGGGACGAGUAUGUUCGUGGCGAACCACAACCUGCUGAUGGAAUUGCAGCUCACUUCCAGAUCCAGGACCCUGGGUUUAUAUAUCAAUGGCACUUGCAUAAUACUAAACAGCCAGGAAACGAUAUUAAUGUGACAGGUGUAUGGGAACAAAACAUUACAGGAAAGGGCACCAUUGUGGCUAUUAUUGACGAUGGUUUGGAUGCAAACAGUCAGGACUUGGCAGUUAACUUUUACGCCAAAGGCUCGUAUGACUUUAAUGACAACGUGAACAUCCCUCUACCUCAGCUUGAUGACGACAAUCACGGAACCAGAUGUGCAGGAGAGAUUGCAGCGUCCAGAAACGAUCUCUGUGGAGUAGGUGUUGCAUGGGAUGCCAAGGUAGCAGGUCUCCGCAUCCUUUCCGGACCGAUUACAGAUGCUCAGGAAGCAGAAGCACUCAAUUAUAACUUCAAUGAGACUCAAAUCUAUUCAUGCAGUUGGGGUCCACCUGAUGAUGGCAUGUCAAUGGAUGGACCGACUGGGAUGUUGUUGGAUGCAUUCAUCAAUGGAGUCGAUAAUGGCCGUCAGGGCAAGGGCAGUAUCUUCGUCUUUGCGACCGGAAACGGAGGCAGAGCGGGUGAUAACUGCAACUUUGAUGGCUAUACCAACAGUCGAUACACAAUCUCGAUCGGCGCUAUCACUAGAACGAACGAACAUCCCCUCUACUCAGAAGCGUGCUCUGCACAGCUUGGAGUAACCUAUAGCUCUGGAGACAACAGUUGGAUUUACACAUGCGAUAUCGGGAAGAGAAACUGCUUUGCAAACCAUAGCGGCACAUCCGCAGCCGCACCCAUUGCUGCAGCCAUCUAUGCUCUUUUGUUAGAAGUCAGACCGGACUUGAAUUGGCGCGAUGUGCAGUAUAUCACUGUCCAUACUGCCAUCCCCAUAGACGAAGAAGAUCCUGAUUGGGCUGAGACGUCUGUGGGCCGUUUAUUCAAUCACAAGUAUGGAUAUGGAAAACUGGAUGCCUAUGCAAUGGUGGAGUAUGCGAAGACAUGGGUAUCUGUUGGACCCCAAGUCACAUACGAAUCGCCUGUCAUCACUGUGGAUGGCGAUAUUCCUUCUGGAGAUGACGACAACGUAGGCAGAACUGGACAGAUGGGUUUACCUUCAGUUUUUGAAGUUACAGAGGCUGCACUAAAGGAGGUCAAAUUUGGCACAUUGGAGCAUGUCACUAUCACAGUGAACAUUGAGCACACAUAUCGUGGUGAGGUCGAAAUCGAGCUUAGAAGUCCUGAUAGCAUCAUAUCGAAGUUGGCUGUGGCCAGACCACAGGACAAUUCUACAAAUGGCUUUGUGAAUUGGACUUUCAUGACAGUAAAGCACUGGGAGGAAUCCCCCAUUGGUCCAUGGACUUUGACGGUGUACGAUCGCUCAAAUCCUGAGAAGACAGGAACCUUUAUCAAUUGGAAGUUGGGACUUCAUGGCGAAAUUGAAAAUGGACAUGCCAACGUAACACUACCACCUGCCCCAGCUCCACCACCAGCUCAACCCACAACUUCUGCUGCUGUUCCAGAAAAGACUGAACUGCCACCGAAUCCGGGUAAGAACCCCGACAAGUCAGAGGGCAACGGUGGCGAUGAAGGCGUUAAGAUUAGCCCAUUCAUCUACAUAAUGUUUGGGGGCAUGUUUGUUGCUAUUGGAGCCGCACUUUUCUUGAUGUAUCGACAUCGGACCAACCCUAGGAAUGUUUUUGGUGGUGGCUUCAAUGAUGAAGAGGCUGGUCAGCGUGGAGGAUUAUUGGGUCGUCGUGGUGACUAUGAGUUUGAUGAGUUACCGACACAUGACUUAGGUGAUAGUGAUGAUGAUGAUGACGAUGACCAUAUGAACCCAGAUUCCCGUCGAAUUGUGUUUGACAGAAGCCAUAUUGAGGCGGCUGAAAAUGCAGCAAAGAUGAAGGAGCAAAAGACCAGCCAAACUCCUCGGGGUAUAGGCACAUCCAGCCCCUUAUCCAGUGGGGAAGAGAUUGAACGGGAGAGCAGUUUUGAGGUGGCAGGGGUAGAAGGGGGAUAUGAGGAUGAGGAUGAGGAUGAGGAUGAGGAUGAAGAUGAUGAGGAUGCAGAAAAUCAUCCUGGUGGACCAGCAUCCAAGGUUAAGGGUGAUAGUUGGGACGAGUUUAAUACUCUGGUGAAGAUUAAAGAUAGCAAGCAGACAUUCCAUUAAUACAUCAUAGAGUAUAAAGGAUAAGAAAAAAAAAAAGCCGCACUCUGCUCCGUCUCCAUAAUGCUUUUAAUACAGU